CGUCGGUCUGGCAGGAGUGACUCGUUGACUGCGGCGACCGCAAUUUCGGCAACAUGGGAGACGCUGUGGGAUUUAUUCUAAACGGAUUUUAAGAACCGCAGGGAAAAUGGCAGAGAGGUUGGAGUGGGUGGAGAUCAUCGAGCCACGCACACGGGAGCGUAUGUACGCCAACCUGCUGACGGGCGAGUGCGUGUGGGACCCUCCGCAGGGUGUUCGCAUCAAGCGGACCGGUGAGAACCAGUGGUGGGAGCUAUUUGACCCUAACACCUCGCGCUUCUACUAUUACAACGCCUCCACCCAGCGCACAGUGUGGCAUCGGCCCCAGGGCUGCGACAUCAUCCCUCUGGCCAAGCUGCAGACUCUGAAGCAGCACACUGAUGCCACCACCCCCCGUCCUGCAGGAGGAGGAGGAGGAGGGAGAGCGUCAGCUGACAACAGCCCGGGACGGAACAGCGGGGUCAGCCGAGAGGGAAGCACUUCCUCCUCCCUUGACCAGGAGCUGUCUGAAAAACAGGGCAACAGAGAGGAUGCAGACAGGACUUCUCCCUUCAGAUGGAACACUGGUACAAAGGAGCGAAUGCUGAUCAAGGUGACAGACAGAGAACCCAGCUUCUUGGCCCACCAGGGAAAUGGUUACUCGCCUUGUGACCCCCCCACCCCUAGUGCUCCCUCUGGAGGGGGCACCACCUCACGAACCCGCCGUUCUUCCGGAGGAAACCCGCCCUCAGAACCCGACGGCUCCCCCAUCCUCUACGCUGAUCGCCGUCAGUCUCCCUUCCUGAAGCGGGCUGAGCUUGGUGGAACCGGCACCCACCGCCGCUCCUCAGCUGACUCCCAGCCUCCCUCGCCCCGCUAUGCUUAUGAACCCCCACUGUAUGAGGAGCCGCCAUCAGAGUACCAGCCCCCUCCCAUCUAUGAGGAGCCUCCCACUGACAUGCAGCUGUCUGACUCCUCUUCUUUCUAUGGCACUGGCAAGUCACCAGCUCGCAAGUCUUCAGCCCCCCUUUAUCACUCCCCCAAACAGGGCCAGUCGCCUUAUGGCCAGCUGGUUCUGACCAGGCAGAAGUGUCCAGAAAAGACCCAAAGUCUGGAGUACAGUCCUGUGGGGAAGGAGUACGUCAAACAGCUGGUGUACGUGGAGCAGUCGUCUUCCAGCCCUCGCUUUAAGACUGCUGACCGCCUGCUUCGUUACGGCACUACGGGGGGUUAUGGUGGCUCAUAUGGGGGGUCCUAUACUCUGCAGCACAGCCAGUCUCUGAUCAGGGACCCCCGCCUACUGCUGGACUACAGUGGGGAGGGAGGAGAGGGAGGCCAGAGGUUGCUUUAUGAGGACUCCAUAUCCUGGACCUCCAGCCAGACCCACUCCCUCUCCUCCUCUACAAGUGGUCCUGGGGCUUUCUCUCCUGGAGGCAACCGCAAACGCAAGAGUCGCAAGCCAUCCCUCCCUCAGGAGCUGGCACGUUGUGGGGGCCCGGAGGGGGAGUUAACAGGCACAGCAUCUGAGGCGAUGCUGGCCCAGGCCAGGCUGGCAUGGGAGGCCCAGCAGGUGAUGAAACAGAGGAGCAGUUGGGACUCGGGGCAGGGAGGGGGAGUGGCCCAGGGUGGUGGCUCCAAGGAUGGCUAUGAGAGUGACGGGGCAGUGCCUCUGCCGUUACCAGGGCCGGUGGUGAGGGCGUUCAGUGAGGAUGAGGCGCUGGCACAGAGCGACAGCCACCACUGGAAACGCAGCACCUUCGAUCGCCUUGGCUUCCCUCAGGCCCUGCUGGAGAAAAGCCUCUCUGUCCAGACCAACCUGGCCUCCCCUGAGCCUUACCUCCACCCAUCACAGUCGGAGGACCUCGGAGCCUGUGCCCAAUUUGAGGCCAGUCGAAAUGCCAGGAAUAUGAUGCCGAGUGCCAGCUGUGGCAUUUUCCCAGAGUUCACACUGAGGAAGCCCUCCUCGGAGACCGACAUCGAGAACUGGGCAUCCAAGCACUUCAACAAACACACACAGGGUCUGUUUAGAAGAAAAGUGUCCAUCGCCAACAUGCUGGCCUGGAGCAGUGAGCCCAUCAAGAAGCCAAUGAUCGUGACCUCAGACCGCACAGUGAAGAAGGAGGCAGUGGACAUCUUUAAACUCAUCCAGACCUACAUGGGAGACCGUCGCUCCAAGGCCGACCCCCUCUCGGUGGCUCUGGAGGUGGUGGUGCGUGGAUGGAGUAACCAGGGUCUGCGUGAUGAGCUCUACAUCCAGCUGUGUCGUCAAACCACAGAGAACUUCCGCUAUGAUAGCCUGGAGCGAGGCUGGGAGCUGAUGGCUAUCUGCCUGGCCUUCUUCCCCCCCACACCCCGCUUCCACACCUACCUGGAAGGCUACAUCUACCGCCACAUGGAUCCCCUCAAUGACACUAAGGGAGUGGCCAUUAGCAGCUAUGCUAAAUACUGCCACAGGAAACUGACAAAAGCUGCACUGACUGGAGCCAAGAAGGGCCUGCAGAAGCCCUGUCUGGAGGAGAUCAAGCACGCCAGAAAUGCCAUCUUCAGUCCCUCCAUGUUUGGCUCCUCCCUUGAGGAGGUGAUGGCGCUCCAGAAGGAGCGGUAUCCAGACAGCCAGCUGCCCUGGGUGCAGACUCGCCUCUCUGAAGAGGUUCUGGGUCUCAAUGGAGACCAGACAGAAGGCAUCUUCAGGGUACCAGGGGACAUAGAUGAAGUCAAUGCCCUCAAGCUCCAAGUGGAUCAGUGGAAAAUCCCCACUGGACUGGAAGACCCGCACAUCCCGGCAUCCCUACUAAAGCUCUGGUACAGAGAGCUGGAGGAGCCACUGAUCCCUCAUGAGUUUUAUGAGGAGUGUAUCACUCACUAUGACAACCCAGAGGCAGCUGUCAACGUGGUGCUGGGUCUGCCACACAUCAACAAACUGGUGCUCUGCUACCUCAUCCGCUUCCUACAGGUAUUUGCCCAGCCUGCCAAUGUGGCCAUCACUAAGAUGGAUGUGAACAACUUGGCCAUGGUCAUGGCUCCCAACUGUCUGCGCUGCCAGUCCGACGACCCCAGAGUGAUCUUUGAGAAUACCCGCAAGGAAAUGUCCUUCAUCCGGGUGCUCAUCCAGCGGCUGGACACCAGCUUCAUGGAUGGAAUCCUAUAGCCCCCACCACCGCACACACACACACACACACACACACACACACACACACACACACACACAAUCCAUACUUUACCCACAGCUUCCUCUAUGCUCCCUUUAAUCCUCUCCAUGACAGGCCUCUACACACCUCCCCCAGCACAGGAACAUCACAUAUACACAUUGCUGCUGCUGGGUGAAUACCUUGCAUCUCCAACAUGUUUACUUUUCUGGAACGAACAAAAACUGCCUUGAUUUGAGUUUGUCCACUCUACACUUUGAGUUGAACCAGCUGUUUUUUCUAUUUAACUGACAUUUACAUAAGACAAACACCAGGAUUGGAGUUACAAGGUGUCCAUGUGAUAACAGUACUGUGUGUGCCUUCACAUAUGUUCACAGACUAUACACAUACAGUAUGAAGGAAUCAGCAGGGAUCCCAUCAUUUCAUCAGAUUCAUGUUAGUUUCACUGACACACUUGGAGUUCAGGUCCUCAAAGGUUCAUUUUAAAUCCAACUUAUUUGUUUUAAAUGAAUUUUUCCCCUUUGUUUUCCCCUGCUUACACAACACACACACACACACCAGUACAUGCACACACAUACAUACUAAGUCUUGCCCCAGGAUUUUACCCUCUGCAAUAUACAAAUUCAAAGAUACAGUUUAACCAUGUGCUGCCACAGAUGUUAACAUCUCUCACAUAUACACACAUACACUGGCUAAGCAACACAUCCAUAGGGUUCAGCGCCAGUUUUUCUCGCAAGAUAUAAAGCCUAAUUGCACCAUUCCAUCAGACUGACCCUGUUAGAUUUAUGGCUCAGACACCAGGUUGAAAGAUGAAGCUGUGGUCUAAUAUUGUUUUCACUGGCAGCAAACAGCCCUCAAAAUGUCUUACACUGCCACAACAUGGUGGGAGCUGAAAACUCGACAGAGGAUUGUUACUCAUGCAUUUGUGAUCCUGCCUGAAGAUGGUAGACCUGUGCUGUCUCCACAGGACACACACCAUGAGACAAAACAUCUAAAUGAAACCAUAACUUCAUUCUGUUUGUCAGAUGUGGCCUGCGAUCAGGUGAUAGCUCUGUUAGCCAUCAAGUGAGGAGAACAUGGACACUAAAUCACCCCUAGUUGUGUUUUGACCUCAAAGCUCCAACAACAACAACAUACUGAAUACAUUUUAUUACAAGUGAGUUGUCACUCAUCCUGCAUUGUGGCUGAUUGUGUACAAACCCAGGGUCUAACAGAUUAUUUUAUUCAAAUCUUGAAAAGUCUGUAAAAAACACUGAAUUUAGUUUCUUCAACAAAAGUCAGUCAGAAAGUCUUCAUCUUAGUUGUAAAUGUUUUUGUAUCCAGUGGCAGACUGUCUAAACUUACUGCCACAGUGGAUUGUGAAUGUAGGAGGUUGUUUAUUAGUCCCACAACUGGGAAAUUUACAACACUAGGGAAAUUUGUUAGUCAGACAUUUAUUGUCUCACAAUGGAUGUGAGUGUUAAAUGUUGAGUUGAUUAAUUCUUCCUUUUAUUUUCAGACUUUUUUGCAGGUCCAGUUCACAUUGAUUUAGUCAAUUAUAUAAUCAGGAAUUAUUAUUAUAUAUUGUUGGGAAAUUGUUAUUAUAUACUGUCAUUAGUGGUCUUCCAUCAUACAUUUAUACUUUGACCAGUAUGACUGUGAAACAGAUACUAAAUUACUUUUUCAAUGUGUUAUUAAAGAGUCUGAAAAAACUUAACUAAAAUAACUACAACUUUAUUGUAUUCUAUUGUGUUAUGAGGCACACUACUACUGAUUCUGAGUCAGUAUCUCCCACUUAGCACUUAGACACAACAUGUCAUCAAAGCUGGCAGAUGCAUCUAUAUUAACACCAAUACAAUCAAGACAGGUAAUUAAAAAUAAAGUGGCUUUACACUGCUUGUUUGUAUCUGGUGUUACUUGUUAACAAACAGCUUUAAGGCUUGUGAUUACAUGGCCAGCAGUGGAGUUAACUGUGCUGCAAACACUGUGUUCUUCCCACGCAGCCGUUCUAGCAUGAAUGCAGCAUAUUACCAUGCCGCCUAACACUUGGCACUAUGCUAACACUUGAACCGCAGCCACUGUGGUCACAAGUGACAGUUAUGGGGUAAUGGUGGAAGCUAAAACUUAGAAUAACAGAGGAGUCAUAAAGGCAUCGAACUGACUCAGCGAUGUCCCUCAUCAAAUCCUCCAUCAAAUAACAUCAGCUAAUAUUAGCCACCAAAAACUAAUUACCAUACCAAGUAAGACAAGAAACAGACAAACACCUGAGUGUAUUAAAUUGAGCAACAGUGUGUGUUUUUUGCUUGGAGGGGAAAUGUGUUAUUUAUUUCAAAAGUUACAUAGUUUGGCUUUAUACUAACACUUAUACUGCAGUUAAUGAUAGUGCUAUAUAAUAGUGUAUAUUGACCAGGCACUAAAUUCUCUACAUAGUAAUUGCCAUAGUUAUCAUCAGCUAUGCAUCACUGGAAUCAGUAAACUAUGGUGCAGGCGAUUUCUGGUGUCCAUGUUCUAAUCACUUAACAUAGGGAUGAGCAGUCAUGUAAGAUGGAAAGCCAACUAAACCCAACAGUGUUUAGUUCCUCCUCACAGAGGAAGUUAGCCAGUGACUCUUGUCACUCAUCCCUGGUUAUAACACGUAAACUGAUCUCUAAACAAACUUGUGUCCUUUAGCAUUAGGCAGUCUUUUAGAAAUCUGGCCAUGUCUGUCCACCCUGCCUGAAUUUUCGGUGCUGUCCUGUCACUUUGGCUGUUGACCACAGCCGCCCUGACGCCAUGAGCUACAGCUACAAACAAGAGGGUUGAUUGCAGCACUGCCAGUAUGCAUGCUCGUACUUCCUGGGAGGGAUUUGACAAGUGCCAUCCCUCUGAGCAGCCCCCACCGUCCCGUCCCACCUGACCCCACAGAGCAACAGUCCACCAUCACUGAGCCCCAACAGGCCUUUCUGCUCACUAAUGAUUUGUGAAUGUGUCUACCUGUCUGAGUGCUUGUCUGUUUGUCAUUGUUUACAAAAUGUACUCGUCUCUUACAUCCAUAUGAUCUUUGUCUAUGAGCAAGUACUGUUGUUUAUUGAAUUCAUUUGAGAUUUUUGCUGUAUCUAACAGAAUUUCUAUGUUUUUUAACCCAUUCUUUUUAUAUGAUUUAAUUUAUUCAUAUUUAUUUGAGAUUUCCUUAAUGCCUUCUUGAGAUAUUGUAUUGUAGGCUCCAAUGUGAGUGUUUUUGUUACAGCACACUGAGCAUAAUGUGUAUGAUUGUGCAGAUGUGUGAUUGAGUGUGUAAUUUUCAAUAUGAUAGGGCACAUAUGUAUUAAUGUAUGACUGUGUGAAUCUUUCUGUAACAUGAUGAUUUAUUUGUUUUUUGUGACACAGCUGAAAGGAUGACUGCAAAUGCCUCAUAGAGACACACACACACAAACACACACGGACCAUCCUGGAAAAACACUGACUUCCAUCUUAAAGGUCCAGACGACACUCAGCGUGUCACAGUUAGUCUUUGGCUAAAUUGACCUUUUUCUUUGUGAAGAGACUGUGAUGAGUGUCACUGUGUGUGUGUGUGUAUGAUAUGCAGCUCACUCACUCUUAACAUACACACUCCAGAUAGAUAAUGUGUAUAUUGACACUGUACAGACUAUGUAAAAAUAAGUAUAUACAGAAACAACAGAGGAAAAGCACCAUAUGUGACAGUGGCAAUUGCUGUGGAAGUUAAUGUAACAGGUUGUUUUUCUUUUUUUAAAACUCUUGUUAAAGUUAAAAUUUUUUCUCACAUUGAUAGAAGUCUACAAGUUGGCAAUUUAAACCCAUCUCUGAACAAUCUUUGGACUCCAGACAGGUUUCCACCCAUACAUUCAAGUACCAGAAAGCGUUAAGCCCUAAUAUCUGUAGGUCUGAUUCAUAUUCCAAAAAGAAGUGAUUUGUCAGGGAAAAAAAUGUCACUUUUUUAAGGUCUGGGCAAACCAGAAAUUUGCAAGAAAGAUGUGUUGCCGAGAUUAUGGGCUGCAGAGGUGAGCUCUCCAUUUACAGUAGCCUCCAUCUAUCACUAAACCAUGCUGCUAACAUUCUGUACAGACAGCCUCUUCCCAGUGACUCUGCAGUAUGACCACGUGACUCAGUCAUCCCUACUUAUACUCAGACUAGCUGCUAAAUGCAAGAAGAAAAUAAUGUUCCACUGGUAAUCAGAACAGGGCUGUGACUUUCACAGGUGAUGGAUGUUUUGUACACUCUAACCCAGUAAUAUCUCACAUUUUAUGAAGUGAAGUUAGCUCAUUCUUACUGAUGUAUAACUGCAUUAAUGUCAUCUGAGUAAUUUACACAAGGCAAAGGAGAUAAUCUGUGAGAUUUUCCCUUGUUUGUUGGUCAGCAGUUGCUGGAUUACAUCAAAUAGUUUAGGCAGUUAUGAGAUGGGUUAAACAUAUAGUCACCAAAUUUUGGGAAAUGUCCUUGUUUUCUGACUUAAGGCUGAGGUUUGCUUGAAACAAACUACUUCCAAGUGUUAACUGAAGACUGAAGUGUUUUCACCUGUUCUGAAUGACCACAUUCACAAGUGGGGUGAUAAAGCCUGCCGUCCUAUAGAUGUAUGAGAUGAGAUGAGUCAUACACAAAGGAAUAAUGACACACUUGUGACGGUCUGAAAAUGAAAAAUGAGCACUCCAGAGACAAGUUCAAUUCUCGCCUACUUUUACACUUUGCCAACCUCGUCACUCAUGCCUGCCCAAUCACAGCCUGGCGUAGGCAUAAUUGUUGCAUGGUUGGUCUGGGAAAAUGUUAGAGUGUUAGAAGAGAAGCAUAAAAACAGUUUGAACAGCAGUUUGAAGGAGCUAUUUACUGAUCACAAACAGUUGGGUGCAGUGACAACACAAAACUCCAACUUGUGACUACAAGAUACAAAAUCAUCAGAACAAACUUGUCGCUCAUUUGACAACUGACUUCUUUCUGAGGUAUGAAUAUAAGCAAAUGUUUUCAUUUUAUUUGCUGUAAAACCACUUAGUGAAUGAGAAGCCUUGGAGAUAGGCAGGCCAGGCUGAAAUGUGGCAGUGUGUAUGAGUGUGUGUUUGUGAGAGUGUCUUUGUUUUAUGUAAGUGAUGGUUGUAGAUAGACCCAGCAAAUCAACCAAUUAGCAUGCAGACACUGGGUCUCCACUCUCUUCAACUUGACUUUACUAAAACAUGAGAAUAUACAAGGAAAACAAACUGAAUUUACAGAAAAGAAGCAUUACAGUAUUUAGCUUUAAAAAAUCCACUAAAGAAAAAGAUUAAGCUCUUUUUAAUCCGUUUUUCUGAUUGUUUUUUCUACUUGGUUCCUACUAAUGAUGAAUUGGUUGUCAGUGUUGAUGCUGUUCGUCUAAUGUAAAGAAAACGACAACGAGGAGAAGGUGUGAGACAGCUGCUGUGAAACUGCUCUUCACCUCGACGUCAGUCCUCCAGGUUUUUCAGUUGUAUGUUAACGUCCACUGUCACUCACACUCUGUCCGAGAGAAGACUCUGGAAGUGUAACGGAUGGUUUAAUAAAUGAUUCCAAUGUCAAACUAA